CUAUCUAUCGAUCUCCAAAUUUCUUACACACACACACACACACACACACACACACACACUGUCACACACACACUAACAACACGCAGAAAGUAGGAAAGUUGAAAAAUGGCUGUCGUAAAUGCAUCAUCUCUCGUUGCUUUCAGACAGCUAUCUUCUUCUUCUUCUUCUCCUUCUCUUAUGCCUCCCACUUUCAAACAAAUGCCCUUUGCAUCAGCAAAAAUUAGGGUUUUUUGUACUUCCACAUUUGCCCUCAAGAACAUCAAUACUUCCGAAACUGUGGAUUUAAUCGAAGAGGAAAAUGAAAUAGAAUCAUCCGAGACUGUAUUGUAUUCCUUCUCUCCUUUACCGUUGCUGCUUUUCGCUGCUCUUCCUGGAGCUACAACGGUGACUUCUCUGUUUAGCCCUUUUGUCGAGAUCGUAAAGUCAUUCAACCUCCCUGGUUGGCUUGUGCACUGGGGUCACCCUGGGAACAUGGCUGUUGUGCUUUUUGCUAUGGGUGGUUACGGGACUUAUUUGGGCUUCCGUAUUCGCUUCUCAGAUGAUGUUGAGGAGAAGGCGAAGGCGAAAGAUUUGCAUCCUAAGCUUCUUGCAGGAAUGUUCUUCUUCUUUGCUCUUGGAGCUACUGGUGGAGUUACGUCUCUUCUCACUUCAGACAAGCCCAUCUUAGAAAGUCCUCAUGCUGUAACAGGUUUGAUCGGGCUUGCACUUUUAACACUUCAGACAGUAUUGCCAACACUAUUUGAGGGAAAUUCAGGAUUGCGCAAUGUACAUGCAAUCUUGGGCAGUGGCAUUAUGACAUUGUUCCUCGUUCAUGCGGCGUUAGGGCUUCAACUAGGAUUGAGUUACUAAUCCCUUUUGACGAAAGGCGAAAGCCAUAAGAGAUAUAUUUGAUGGCAUCAAAUCUAAUGGUGCUCAUUCUUUAUAGACUAUAGUGUACUAAAAAAUAAAAUUAUAUCUACUGUUACUUAAAUUGAAAUUAACUUGAUGCUAAAAAGAAAAGUUGGUCCCUCCUAGUUAAAGCGUAUCUCGUACAUUUUUUUUCCAUGAAAAUGCGUUCGAUUUUCCGGAUAUU